AUGAUACAAUCCAAGCACUCCACGCAUCAUUUCUUCACCUUCAUAGACCAUGACGAUGAUUUGCCAUCCAAGCGCAUCAGGAAUAUCAAUGCGAGAAAGGCUAUCAGGUCGCAUGUCAUGCGCCAUGUCCGUCUUCGUGAACGGCUUGCCGGGCACAAAAGGGCCUCGAGGCGUGAGUCCAACGAGUCGCAGUUGUCGAAAAUAUCAAAUCCCACGGCCUGUGUUGGGAAAGACCUCACAAUAGACUCGCCGGUUUCGCACUUUAAACAGAGCCUUCGUCUCGUCAAACCACGGCCUCCUCAUUCGGUUGAAUAUAUACUCGCAGCAGAUCUGAAUCUGCAAAAGGCUCGGUACUUGGACCCGUUUGACACCCUGCCUAGGGUUUCCGAGCUGCCAUCCUUGAUGAAUGCGCUCCUCCACUACUGCACUUACAAACUAUUCCGUGCUCAAUCAGAUGUGUCGGUGUUCAUCCCAAUGACCUUUCCUACUGAGACGAUUUCUUUCCGCGAUACACAUGCCACCCUGCAUACGUCAGUGAGAGACUCUCUGGCUGACACCGGCGAAUUCUAUGGCUUAAUGACCGUUGCUGCUGCCCACAAAGGCGCUGUGAAUAGCCAGAGUUUGGGUAUCGUCACGCCAUCGCCGAACAAUUAUCAAGUCAUUUUCGAUUCGAACUACUGUGUCGUGAAGGAGAAAUGCUUACAAGUCUUGAACGAAAAAUUGAGAGAUCCGUCCCAAACCCUCGAUCAUUUUGCAAUUCAGACUGUUAUCCAUUUGAUAACGAGCUCGUUAAUAUUAGGCUUUUACCAGGAGGCACAGAUACAUUUGACUGGCCUCAAGCAAAUGGUAGAGCUAUGUGGGGGGAUUGCAAGCCAGGUGCUUCGAGAUUCUGGCCUCGCCCAUGCUAUAAUAUGGAGCGAUCUCAAAUCAGCAACUUGUUCUAUGGCAAAGCCGAUGUUUCCCCUACCAUGGAAACCAACAUCAUUAUCUGCAGAAGUUAUGCAACAAAUUCGUCCUUUACCCUCGUCACAAUUGAUUGAUCUUUGUUCGUCCUUUUAUUAUGAGCAUGCACAGAGUCUUAGUGGGCCUCUGAUGGACAUAAUCGGGAGAUUACGAGACGCCUUGCUAUUUCAGACUUACAUUCAGGAACAAAAUAAAACGCAGUCGGAGAAGGACGGCACUGCAGGCCAUCUAUAUCUGCUGUAUCUAUUCAUGAGCGAAAUCGAGCAUGACCUUCUCAGCUAUCCAUCAGAUACAGCAGCAGCCACCGAACACACGAACUCGCACGCAGAAAGUCUCAAUCCUAAGGAGGCAAUGAUACGAAUGGGAUGUAUAUGUCUUCUCAACUCCAUUAUCAUUGUCACACACCCGGCCGCAGGUAUGGGACGGUCGCUUACGAGAUUCAUGAAGAAGGAAAUAUGCACAUUUGCGAGCCUGUACGCUUCAUUUCAUCUUCCCUCAGCUGAUCUAGACUUGCUUUCUUGGGUAUUGUUCAUUGGCGCCCAGGGCUCUUUGGAACAGCUAGAUCAUGCAUGGUUUAUUGGCUAUCUGGGCCGUAUAUCUAAACUGCGAAAAUGGAAAAAAUGGGAGGACGUGGUGGACGUCCUGCAACAAUACAUUUACAUUCCGCGGGUUCAUGAGGCAGCAUGGAGGUGCACAUGGGAGAGAGCCUGUGCAAAUUCAGUUUGA